AACCAAUAACCAUUGCGUUUCCCUAAGAGGUGGCCACUGGACGUCUUCUGUGUAAUACUAAUGUUAAUUUUUUAUCUGUGAAUAUAUUUUUCAAAAUGAGAACAAAACCGGUGUUAUCCUUUUCGAAGUUGGACGAAGAAACUGGCGCCAUGCUGGAUAACAUGUUUGAUAAAAAAGAUUGCAUGGUAGAAAUUAAUCCUGGCCGCGUGAUUUUACCAGCGGAUUAUAUGACUAUCGGUCAAGAUAUACUAGACAUGGAAGUUUUGGAUAGCGAUGUCUGGAUGUGCUCGUAUCCACGAACGGGCUCAACGUGGGCACAGGAAAUGGUGUGGCUGAUUGGACAUGACUUGGACUAUGAAGGAGCCAAAUCUAUACAACAAAUCCGGUGUCCAUUGGUGGAGCUAAGCUGUAUAAUGGUGGAUGGCCACGCGGAAUGGCAUGACGAGUCUGUAAAAGGCACUUCAGUGGAUCUUGUAAAGUAUCGUCUACCUCACCCCCGGUACAUCCGUAGCCAUCUACCCUGGGACCUGCUCCCCACUGAGAUCGUGAAGGAUGACGGGACUACAAAACCGAAGGUAAUAUACACGUCCCGUAACCCUAAAGAUAUGGUAGUAUCCUACUACCACUACUGCACGUUGGUUCACGGAUUAAAAGGUAGCUUUGAGGAUUUCUGUGAUUUGUUCAUGAGAGAUCAUGCGCCGUUUGGUCCAGUCUGGAACCAUAUACUUGGAUUCUGGAAACGUCGCCACGACCCGAACAUACUGUUCAUAAAGUUCGAGGAGAUGAAGCGCGACCUACCAAUGGUUGUUCGUAAAACAGCGACAUUUCUCAACAAAAAUAUGUCAGACGAACAAAUAGACAAGCUUUGCGAUCAUCUAUCCUUCCAAAACAUGAAACAAAAUCGCGCCGUGAAUUUAGAAGGCAUCUUAGAAAAGUCCUUUGGUAAAAGCUACUUGGAACAGACGCCUUUGCGUUUCAUUAGAAAGGGGGAAAUUGGAGAUUGGAAGAAUUUUAUGUCUGAUGAUCUGUCUCGGCGAUUUGAUGACUGGGCUGAACAGCAUUUGAAGGGAACAGAGUUGAGCUUUGAAUAAUAUUGUAUAAAGAAAUAAUAGUUUAAUAAUUUUGUUUAAUAUAUUAU